AUCACGGCUCCGUCACACUGCUUUCUUUACGCUCAAUCUGUCGUCGCAGCUAAUGCCCGGCGCCUAGACGCGACCAAGAGGAAUCGGAGCUAGGAUCCAUCGUCCAUGGGGGAAGCUGGGUUUGUUGGCAGACGACCCUGCAGGCCGCUUCUCGUUGUCGCUGUCCUCGCCGUCGUCCUCCUCGGAAGCUGCUGCGCCGAGGCCGCGGCGGAUGACAAGAUCAGCAGCAGCCGCAAGGGCGCCACAGGCGGCAGCAGGAGGAGGAGGACCAGCAGGCGGCGGGCCGAGGCGGCGGGGCCGCUGAUGGUGCCCAUCACCGUCCUCAAGUCCGCCGUCGACGACGGAGCAGUGUGCAUGGAUGGAACGCCGCCUGCUUACCACUUGGAUCCUGGCUCCGGGGCAGGGAAUAACAGCUGGAUUGUAAACCUUGAGGGAGGCGGCUGGUGCAACAACGUGAGGGCCUGCCAGUUCCGCAGGACCAGCCGGCGCGGCUCGUCGGACCUCAUGGAGAAGGAGAUCCCCUUCGGCGGCAUCAUGAGCAGCAGCCCCGCCGACAAUCCUGAUUUCUACAACUGGAAUCGGGUGAAGCUACGCUACUGCGACGGCGCUUCCUUCGCCGGCGAAGGCUUCGACAAGGAGAACGGGUUUUACUUCCGGGGGCAGCGCAUCUGGGACGCCGUCAUCAGGCACCUCCUCUCCAUCGGGAUGGCCUCUGCAGACCAGGUGCUGCUCACCGGCUGCUCUGCCGGCGGCCUGGCGGUGAUACUCCACUGCGACGAGUUCCAAGCCUUCUUCCCGCACACCACCACCGUCAAGUGCCUCGCCGACGCCGGCCUCUUCCUCGACGCCGUGGACGUCUCCGGUGGCCGCAGCCUGAGAUCCUACUACUCCGACAUCGUGGCGAUGCAGGGCGUGGCUCCCAACCUGCCGCCGGCCUGCACCGCUCGGCUCGACAGCACCUCGUGCUUCUUCCCUCAGAACGUGAUCGACGGCAUAAAGACCCCAAUCUUCCUACUAAACGCAGCGUACGACGUCUGGCAGAUACAGGAGAGCCUGGCGCCCAACGGAGCUGACCCCAGCGGCGCCUGGCGAGCCUGCAAGUCCAACCGCUCCGCUUGCGACGCGUCCCAGAUGAAGUUCCUGCAAGAUUUCAGGGACCAGAUGGUCGCAUCCGUGAGAGGCUUCUCCGGUUCCGGAAGCAGCGGCCUGUUCAUCAACUCCUGCUUCGCGCACUGCCAGUCCGAGCUGCCGGCCACCUGGAGCAACGCAGCAGCCGGCUCCCCCGCCAUUCAGAACAAGGGGAUCGCAAGAUCAGUUGGGGAUUGGUACUUCGGCCGGGCUGAAGUGAAGGCGAUCGACUGCCCCUACCCCUGCGACGGAACAUGCCGCCACAUCAUAUGACAAGAUCUUGAUCCUGUUUGUGGUUUUUGUGUGUUGUACACAUCGUUUGCGUUCAACAGAGAGUAGAUCAUGACGAUUUGUGAGACAGAUAAGAAAGCAAAUGGGUGCAGCCAUUAAUUGAACAAUGAUACAAGGAGUCAAAA